AUGGAUUCUGAUGCUGGCUCCACCUGCAGCCGCUCUUCUUCCCCAGACCUGGUGGUGGAUGACUCAGCUGGGAGCUUCUUCUCCAACAAGAUGUUCCAGACAUUCUGCCAAGGAAACAGAGCAGACAGCGAGGCCAGCGAGGGAAGGACGGACCGCUGCAGUGGAGGUGGGAAGACCAAGACCAGGUCUGAGCUCAGCAAGGAAGAGAUGCAGGACCUGAGGCUGAAAGUCAACAGUCGGGAGAGGAAAAGGAUGCAUGAUCUGAACCAGGCGAUGGACGGCCUCAGAGAGGUCAUGCCCUACGCUCAUGGCCCCUCAGUCCGCAAGCUGUCAAAAAUCUCGACCUUGCUGUUAGCCCGCAACUACAUCCUCAUGCUGUCCAGCUCUUUGGAGGAAAUGAAGAAGCUGGUGGGGGAUGUUUAUGGAGGCAGCGCCGGCGUCCAGAGCCGCACUGCUGCCCACCCUGCUGCGCACCCUGCUAUCACCCCUUCAGCCCCCACAGCCCACCUCCCUCUGCAUCCUCUGGCCCAGUCCCUGCACUCUCUGGUGGGCAGCACGCCUUCCACUCUCCAGCAUCACUCAUCUUCUGCUCCUGCAGCCCCAGUCACGCACUCCCCUCCAUCCGCCAGCUUCCUGGGUUUUCAUGCUCCAGUCCAGGGCCUUCUGAAGGACCCCCUCCACCUGACAAGCUCCUACAGGCACUUCCCUGGCAUGCCCUGCCCCUGCUCACUCUGCCAACCUUUGCCCACCACUACCUCCACAUUGCACAGCCUGCCUAUGAACAAGUGA